CCCCACUCCGUCCCGUUCCUGGACCGGGAAGGCGCCUCUUACGAGAGAGCGUUCUACCUUCCCAGUGGUCCCCUUGACCCUUCUCCUUCCAGCUGUGCGCUUCCUUCCUUGCUGUGCUACCCGCCUUGCCCGCUUGCCCGCCCCUUCCUGGCACUUGUACACUUUGAUUCCUGGCACUUGCCGCGCUUGUCCUGCACCUGCAGGGCCUCAGAGUGUCCCAGAGUGGGCUCCUUUUCUCCCUUUUCCACAGCAACGCUGCUCCAACGUUCCCCCCGUUCAGCUUCAGCUUGUCGUCGGACAGCAACCGUUCACUGUCACUCGCUCCCAACCACCAGCCCGUUCAUCAGAAUCAGGUUCUUGUCCAGUCAUUCGUUGUCGCACCCUCGCUCCGUCCGUUCCAUCUUCACCGUUAGGUUGUCGUCGCUGCCUCCGUAAUAUCGUCAUCGUCGUCGACAAGAACCCUCUCCGAGAAAAAAAACCUCUCUCCAUCGCUCUUGAACUCGGACUCCUGAUUAUUGCAAUCUCCCGUCACGGACCCCCGACGCCUCAUCUCCACGAUCAGCCCGCCCGCCCUCCAUCCGAGUGACCUCCCUUGACGUCCAUCGAAACAUCCAUUCCUCGUCCACUCGCACCAUCGUCCCCUUCGUUCGCGACGAUACGACCGGGCUUCGCCGGACCUCUCGCUCACUCUUGACGGAACGCUAUCCAUAUCACGUCGAAUCCGUCGCUUGGCCUCGACUCUGUCCAUCGCUCGAGUAUCCUUUCGCCAUCACCCCUGUCGAGAACUUCAAACGACCCUCGACGGAGCCUUUGAACCGCAUACCACGCACCCCGUUUAAACCAUUCGACGCUGCCAUUUCGCCAUUUGCCCUUCCGACAGACUCAUCGCCGUAGGUCGGUCGUAGCCCAUCAUGUCAGGCUUCGGCGACUUCACCAACAUCUGCCACAUGGCGCCGCUGCCAUUGUGCGCAUCCAUCGGCCCUAUCACGGAAGUGACGAGCGGCGUUGGUAUUGAGCCGGACUGCUAUGCGCGCAAUAUCGAGCUGGCAAACACCAUCAUUUUCGAGGGUGCUGCCAGCGCCAUGCAUAUUGUGUCUUUGCUCAUGACCGUCGUCAUGAUCUUGCACAUUCGUGGCAAGUUCACUGCUGUCGGUCGCAAGGAAAUCCUCAUGUUCUUCUACAUCUACAUGCUUCUGAGUUUCAUCUCGCUUUGCGUCGACGCAGGUGUCGUCCCCCCUGGAUCCGCCCCUUACCCGUACUUCGUGUCAGUUCAAAAUGGCCUGUCAUCGGCUCUGAUUACUUGCCUGUUGAUCAACGGCUUUGUUGGCUUCCAGUUGUACGAGGAUGGCACUUUCCUUUCCGUCUGGCUCUUGCGCGUCUGCUCUUUGGUGGCCUUUGCGAUAUGCUUCCUCGUCUCCCUUGCGACCUUCAAGUCAUGGGCUGGCCUAGGUCCCACCAACACCGUCGGCCUGUUCGUCGUCCUGUACUUGCUCAACGCCAUCGAGCUCUUCGUCUACGUUGCCCUGCAAAUCCUCCUCGUCGUUAGGACUCUCCAGGACCGCUGGCCGCUGGGCGACAUUGCCUUUGGCAUCUUCUUCUUCGUCGUUGGCCAAGUGAUUCUGUACGCCGUGAGCACUCAGAUUUGCACCGCCGUCAGCCACUACCUCGACGGCCUUUUCUUCGCCACUAUCUGCAACCUGCUGGGUGUCAUGAUGGUGUACAAGUACUGGGACUCUAUUACCCGCGAGGACCUCGAGUUCUCAGUUGGAACCAGGAUGAACAACUGGGAGGUCAAGGAGCUGCUGCCAGAGGAGGAUCGUCGAGCGACUGUUUAUGACAACGACCCCUACAACCACGCUGGCGGAUACGAUCACUCCUACUCGCCCUCUCCAGCACCGGCGCGCUACUCCGCAAGGUACUAAUGCGGCAUCGAGGUUGGCGGCGAGGAUGUGCAUGACACCGUCUAGACAUUGAAUGGGCGUUUUCCACGGCGAAAUUUCACGACAAGAGUCCGGAUCUUGCCGAUCUGCAGCAAAUAUUUUCGGGACAUCUGUGUUACUUUGGGGAUGACGACGACAUGGGCAUUGAAUCAGAAUGGCGUUUGGGGGGUAAAAACUGUCUUUACAGGUCGGGCUGCAUCCCGAGACACGGCCGAUUUUGAGUUUUUGGGUUGAGGCGGGCGGCCGAGGCGGGGCCGGUUGAUUGUAGGAUCAACCAGCAACCAGCAAUAGCGAAUAGGUUAAUAACGUUAGCACGUAUAGGUAUCGAUGCCCACGGGUGUCAGUAGUACAUAGUUUAAUUCAAUCAAGAUAGAGCAAUUUCAGCGCGCCUGGUAGGAGAUUACGAGUCGUCAGCUAGGGGAGGUCAACAAGGGGGAGGGGUCGGAAGGGAAUGCAAGCCGCGUGGUCCUUUGCCGGGGAGGCCAGUAUAAGCGCAAGAUGACACGGAGGAAGUCUUGUCCAGGUGAAGGUAUCAUUCUCCGGUUCUACCUAGCUUGUUCCGAGUUUGUACGGAUACACAAGUCGAGGCAGCGAUGUCUUGGCAUGUGUACACACUAUGUGACUCUGCAAUAAGGGUACAUGUGGCAGCUUGACUCGAAGGCUAUAUUGAGUUUGGCCUGCCAUCCACGUUAUAGUAACAGCAAAGGGGGACAAAUUUGGUAUGAGCUUAGAUGAAGCUUGAAAAAGACUUGAAUGGUCAAUCAAGGUGAAGCAUAACAGAUGGUCCGCCGUUGGUGGGCUAAUUAGAUGUGUAGUCGGCGAGACCCCCGGGCAAAACCUUGAAGGCAAGGAGCAACAAGCGAGCAAUGUCCCAGCCCACAAGAUAAAGUCGCAUCCACUGCCCGAGCAGCGCGAGAGGCUCGGGCUUGGAGGCUGGGGGAGGA